UAACCAUGGACAACUUUGAGAGCAGCCUCCCGCCACUUGCCAUUCCAGGGCAUUUAACGACAGGAUUGCCAUCGGUUACCAGCGCAUUCUUUGCUCCUGGUUCAAUCCUACUGUUCGUGGUGAAUAGGAAAGUCUUCAUUUACAAUUACCGUGCGGACAGCUGGAGUGAUACUCAAGGUGUAAAAACUCCUGUCUCACAUAUUAGUGGCGACAGUUGUUGUUAUAAUACCAGAUUUUGCCUGGAACUAGCAAAUAGGAUUUUUGUGUAUUCCCGUGGCGGCUCGCUGCCUGAGACCGAAAUAUACUUCUCUGACAACGGAGGAUUCUCGUUCCAGGACAUGAACAGUGACAUUCUGAAAAGGUUUACGGGAACAUUAGGAGGCAUAUUCUACCUCAAUUCCCUGUCUCAGGUGGGGAUACUCGUGGUUAAAGACAAAAAGGGUACAUUUUACUACCUGGAGCACCCCCUGAACAACAGUGAAGGGAUACCUUUUAAGUACAAUGAAUAUCUUGACGUCAUCAUCAAGCCAGGCCAGACGGGUUUUCUGUUCCUCUAUGGUCAGUUAAGUCUGAUGGUGUCCCCCAAUGCAGGCCAGAUCAUGCAGGCCGUAGAGCUGUGGAAAGGAAAGAGACUUCUCUUCACCGAUAUCUCCUCCUCCGGUGGCUUCACCGUCCACAGCGUUGCCUCGAAUAUUUUCGAGUUGGCGGUGUUCACACACAGCAAUCAGCUGUACUACGGAAGUCAGAGUUACCUGAAAACCUCCGUGAUCCAACUGCCGAAUCCACCUUCCUGGAAUUCACUAAUGGGCCUCUCCUUCACGGACACUGGCAUGCUGGAGUUUCUCACGCCAGUGCAGGACCCAAAGGGCGCAGCCUUUGACUUCGAGAAGUGCACUGUGAACGUGCAGGCCGUUCUCAUGAACCCCAAGUUGGAUAUUGAGCCGUGUAAUGUGGAGGUUCUAGAAAGCACCAUGGUAAAUAAAAUGUUCACAAUAGACAUGAACACCAAGCUGGAUCUGUCCGCCCUCAUGAUACCCCGGCGGGGAAAGACCCCCAUACCACUGGUGAUGGUCAGCAACCCUCACUCCCUGGGCUUCGAAGCACACACCAGUGAAUUUGGCAACACGUUCGACGGCAACAUUAAGCACAAAUUGGAAAUUGAACUCCGACAGCAGCACCACUGGGAAAACGCGGACAUUAACUUCACCUCCAGCAUCAAGCAUCACAGCGUCUCCUCCUUGACCGUGGACAUAGCUGACAAGACACUGGCGUGUGUGGACCUGAAGCCCCUGACCACACUCAUUUCAAUUGGCUGUGACCAGUCCAAGAGGAUUAUUGUGCAGAACAAAAUCUCUGCUUGCUCCAUGGGAAUCCUCGACCCGGUGGAGCUGCAGGACAACUACACUUACAUCAUUGAGAAGGAAGCGUACAAACCAGUGAGCCACGAGGCGGAGGCCCAGGCUGACCUGCUCGUGUACUACCAGUACAAGGAGCUGGGCUGCCCUCGCCUGGUCUACUACGACAAGCCGUGGAAGCCCGUGGUGGAACUGUGGAAGGAUGAGGAUCUAGAAGAAAUAAUGAACGCUGAGUAUGUGAUCAGUGAGGUCAAUGGGAUAAUGACCUAUUCAUACUCCCUGACGGCCGCCACUGCCAACUGCCGGUCACAGCCUCAGAACUGGAGCGCCAUUCGGGCACAGUGGGACAAGCACACAGGUCAUCCAUCCCUCUGGAACAGAGAGAACUAUGUCAGCUGUCACGACAACAACGAUGACAAGCCCCUGCUGUGGCCAGAGGUCGAGUAUCAGAUCUUAGGUGGCCGGACAGACAAUAAGGUUAUUUUUGGUCAAAGAAAUGGAAUCUACAUCUUUCUUCUCACGGUGGUGGAUCCAUACUACAGCUACUGCAGCCUAAACACCAUAUUCAGCGUGUACGUGUACGGGGCCUUACCCAUGGCGAUGUUCCAGCCGGUGCUCAGCAUCAUGCUGCUGGUGGUUACAACGCUACUGAGCAUAUGGCUAGCCUACGCCAUCCCCAAGGAGCUGAGCACUGAGAGGGGCCAGCGCUUCAAGAACUUCUGGUCCUGGCUGUUCCAUGGCUGCUUUAAGAUCUGCAACUGUUUCUGGCUGUGGGACAGACUGAGACAGUGCCUGCGCUCCAGGAAGGUGAAGGACCAGCCAGGGGGACUCCCAAGCCAGGCAAGAUAGACAGACGUUGAGAGACAGCCAAACACAUAGGGGCUGCAGGGAGGGACCUCUGACCUCCAUGUAUGUACAUAUUGUCUCCUGCCCCAAUAAACU